AUGGAGUUUCCAGUGGACAUCAUUGAGGAGAUUCUGAGAAGACUGCCAGUCAAAACCUUGGUCAGAUUCAGGUGCGUUUCCAAGUCAUGGCGUCGUCUUAUCACCAGUCCCGACUUCGUCAAAACCCACCUCGCCAGGAUUCGAUCCGACUACCAUCUGGGUUUGGCUUCAAGUAUCAUUCUCUCUCGCUAUGGGGAUUCUCUCUUGUCCAUGGAUCCUCAGAACGAGGCUUCUCAACAAGCUAUGGAGCUUGAUUUUCCCAUGCUUCCCUACUUCCCUUAUUAUGUCAAGGGUCACUGCGAUGGUCUCAUCUGCUGCGUUGUCAAUGAUGGAUCUCAGGGUUUUCUUCUCUUGUACAACGCUUCCAUCAGGGAGUACAGGAAAAUGCCUAUUCCUGCUAAUUUCAGGAGCACUAGGGAGGUUUUCGGUCUAGGGUUUGAUGCUUCCACUGAUGAUUACAAGAUCGUCAGGGUUCCUUCCAUGUAUUGUCGAUUAAAGGUUCCGAAUUUCGUCCCCAAGGUUGAGGUUUUCAGUGUCACAUCCAAUUCGUGGAGGAAACUCCCCGAUGAGGACACCCCUCCUUAUUUUGUCGAGCAUGUGUUCCAAGCCACGAACGCCAAUGGCGGCUUGUACUGGCUAGCUGAAGAAGGCGAUUCGCUUCGUUGUGUGAUUCUCCGAUUCGAUUUAUCGUUUGAGAAGUUCAGCGUGGUGCCACCGCCAGCUGAUGAAUUGAACCGAAAUAUUUCGUGGAUUGGGACUUUGAAAGAUCAGCUUUGCGUGCUUCAUAGUCAGAGAUUGAGCUAUGUGGAUAUAUGGGCAACCAAAGAUGACAAAACCUGGACGAAGCUCAUCACAGUUCCACGGUCACACGGCUCGAGUCCAUCGGUCUAUGGCUCACGGUACACGCCUCUGUGCUUCACCAAGAGUGGCUCUUUGCUGAUCAGUGUUGGAGGAGGAGAAGGGUUUCUUAGCUAUGACCCAGUUAAGAACACUUUCACACAGCUUGAAAUUCGAGGCGCAGAGCAUUAUUUGCAGGAAACUGCCUAUUUUGAUAGCUUGGUUUCGCCUUAUUUCGGCCAUGGGAACACUGCCUCGACUUCUUCAUCCUCAAGUGGGGAAGAAGAAGAAGGAUGGCUAGCUGACACUUCCUCGAAUAGCAGCAUCAGGCAGCUGAUUCUUGGCUUGAGGCGUGGACUCUCUUCCAGUAGUAGUCGCAGCCGCAGUAAACAAAGAUAAGAAGUUUUUACCUUAUAUUGCUCAUCUGCUUGUGAUUGAAAUGCUUACUGUAGAACUAUCAAAUCUUGACUGACCUUUUACGUGGGAAGGCACUAGUUAUGUUAUGUUGUUGUUGCUGAUGACUAACUGACUGAUAACUGAACUAUCACAAAACUUGUAAAUGUUUUUAGCUUUCUUACUAUGGAGUAUAAACUUUGGUGUGCUACCAUAUGAUGAAUAUGUGUAUAUAUUUUGGUUUUGAGUUGUGACA